AUGAUCGAUAUCAACCUAAUCAGAGAUCCAAAGACCCGUGAAAAGGUUGUUGAGAGUGAGAAGAAGCGAUUCAGAGAUGGACUGGCUGUCGGGAAGGCCUACGAACUGGACAGGAAGAGGAUUGAGAUGAACUUUAGGCUUGACCAGAUCAACACCCGAAUCAAUCAGCUGAACCGAGAGAUAAAGUCUGGGUAUAGGCAGGGGAAGAAUAAAGAAGAUGGUGACCUCAGCGAGAAGGUUGCUGAAAUCAAAGGGCUUUCUGAUGAGGCAAAGGGGCUCAGAGAUGAUGUUAAGGCUGUCGAAGAUGAGCUUAACAAAGUAAUGAAGGGGAUAGGAAACAUUAUUUCGCCCUCUGUUGUGGUCAGCAACGACGAAAAGGACAAUCCGAUUGUGAGGUCCUACAGAAGCAGCAGGAACAUGCAAAAGAACCCAAGGCCCUUCUGUGUGUUAAUGAAGGACUUCACCCAUUCUGUGGCUGGGGCAAAGGUGAUGGGGCACCGUGGAUACUAUCUAUCUGGGAAGAUGGCCAGGCUUGCACAGGCCCUUACAAGAUAUGCGAUUGACUUUCUUGAGAACAAGGGAUAUACAUACAUCCAGACGCCCGUGAUGCUUAGAAGAGACGUAAUGAGAAAAACAUCGCAGCUGAGCGACUUUGAUGACCAGCUUUACAAAGUAGAGGACGACCUGUAUCUGAUAGCAACAUCUGAGCAGUCUCUUGCUGCACUGUAUAUGGAUGAAAGAAUGGUUCCUCAAGAGGUUCCAAAGAAAUUCUGUGGGCAGUCGCUUUGCUUCAGGAAAGAAGCAGGGGCGCACGGGAAGGACAAUGCAGGGCUGUUCAGGGUCCACCAGUUUGAGAAGAUUGAGCAGUUUGUGAUAUGCGGGCCUGAAGAAUCUCAGAAGUACCACGAGGAGAUGAUAAAGGCAUGUGAGGAGUUUUAUCAAUCACUGGACAUAAGCUACAACGUCGUGGGCAUUGUGUCUGGUGAGCUCAAUGAUGCGGCAGCCAUCAAGUACGAUCUUGAAGCAUACUUUCCAAGUGCAGAGAAGUAUAGAGAGUUGGUCUCUUGCUCCAACUGCACGGACUACCAGUCUCGGGAGCUCGAGAUAAGAUAUGGAGUGGUUAAGGAGAACAACCGCAAGAUCUAUGUCCAUCUGCUGAACGGAACAAUGUGUGCUGUCCAGAGGGCAUUGUGCUGCAUUGUGGAGAACUACCAAACUGGGGACGGAAUUGCUAUCCCGGAUGUUCUGCAGGGAUACUUCGGGGGAGACUUGAUUGAGCUGGGCCCCUAA